AAAGAAAAUGAAACUGGGACAAAAACAAAGAAAAAGUGAGACUAAAUCCCAGAAUGCUGUCCGUCCGACACGUCCUUUUGUAGUGCGCGACGAGCACGCGGCGCAGUGACGUCAUUCGCCGCCUGCAGGGGUGCGAAGCGGGAGCGCACUCUCUCUUGUUUGUAAUUCUGCCAUUAAAGAAAUAUAUUUGCCGCAGCCGAGGUAUCCGAAGCGUGCUGCCAUGCUGGUGCCCAUCUUCACCCUGAAGCUGAACCACAAGAUCAACCCGCGCAUGGUCACAGUGGGCAAGUUCGAUGGGGUGCACCCGUGUCUAGCUGCAGCCACACAGGCAGGGAAGGUGUUCAUCCAUAAUCCCCACACACGAGCCCAACGGCAGGCCGCCCAUCGGCUGAGCCAGAGCGCCCACGACUCGGAUAUAUCCCUGCUCAACAUCAACCAGGCUGUCAGCUGCCUGGUCGCUGGCUCGCUGGAACCCGGCCAGGUGGGCGAUGCGCUCCUCGUGGGCUCCCAGACAAACCUGCUGGCGUACGACGUACACAACAAUGCUGACGUCUUCUACAAGGAGGUGGCAGAUGGGGCCAAUGCCAUUGUGUUGGGGAAACUGGGGGACAUCCCCUCCCCCCUUGCAAUCAUUGGGGGCAACUGUGCUCUGCAGGGAUUCGACCAUGAAGGAAACGACCAGUUUUGGACGGUCACAGGGGACAAUGUGAGGUCAUUGAUGCUCUGUGAUUUCACUGGAGAUGGAAAAAACGAGCUUCUUGUUGGAUCUGAGGAUUUUGAUAUUCGAGUUUUCAAAGAGGAUGAAUUGGUGUGUGAGAUGGCAGAAAAUGAGACGGUCACCUCUCUCUGCCACAUGCACGGCAGCAGGUUUGGCUAUGCUCUGGCCAACGGCACGGUUGGCGUGUAUGAUCGCACUGCCCGCUACUGGAGAAUUAAGUCUAAGAACCAUGCGAUGAGCAUUCAUGCAUUCGACCUGAAUGCCGAUGGUGUCGUGGAGCUGAUCACAGGCUGGUCUAAUGGAAAGAUUGAUGCCCGCAGCGACCGCACUGGUGAGGUCAUCUUUAAGGACAACUUCUCAUCUUCCAUUGCUGGGGUGGUGGAGGGUGACUACCGCAUGGAUGGCCAAGUCCAGCUCAUCUGUACCUCUGUGGAUGGAGAAGUACGGGGCUACCUGCCGGCCAGUAAGGAGAUGAAGGGGAACCUGAUGGACACAAGCGUAGAGCAGGAUCUCAUCCGUGAGUUGAGCCAACGCAGGCAGAACCUGCUGCUGGAGCUGCACAACUAUGAGGAGAAUGCUAAGGUGGUCGCAGGUGCUCCCAGUACUGAAGGGGAUGCUCAGAUGGGAGUCAUCCCAGCCAACACGCAGCUCCAGACUGCUCUCUGUGUUAAAGCUGCCACAGAGGCCCAGAAAGCCCACAUUGAGCUGAACAUCUCCACCCCUAACGAGACCAUCAUCCGAGCCGUGCUCAUUUUCGCGGAGGGCAUCUUCGAGGGGGAGAGUCACGUAGUGCAUCCCAGUGUCCAGAACCUGUCCGGCUGUGUCCGCGUACCCAUAAUCCCGCCAAAGGACAUCCCUGUAGACUUGCACAUCAAGGCCUUUGUGGGUGGGAGGAAUAGCACACAGUUCCACGUGUUCGAGAUCACGAGGCAGCUGCCACGCUUCUCCAUGUAUGACCUGCACGUGGACCCUGCGGCGCCCCAGCCUACUGGCAUAGUGUGUUUCGGCAUCAAUGACCGGCCACAGAGGGUGGUCAUGUGGUUGAAUCAGAACUUCCUGCUGCCAGAAGGUAUAGACGCUCCAGAUGUGAAGUUCACCUGCCUUCGUGGAGGAGGACUGUUGAGCAUCAGCAUGCAGCCCAGUGGGGAGAUCACACUGAAGACGGAUGACAUUGACCUGGCAGGAGACCUGAUCCAGUCUCUGGCCUCCUUCCUGGCCAUUGAGGACCUGCAGGCUGAAGCUGACUUCCCAGCGUACUUCGAGGAGCUGCGAGUGACUCUGACUGAGGUGGAUGAAUUCCACUCAGUGCACCAGAAGCUGACAGCGGCCAUGGCGGAUCACUCCAACCAUAUUCGCACUAUGCUGGUGCAGGCGGAGGAUGCGCGGCUCAUGGGAGACAUGAGAACCAUGAAGAAGCGCUAUAUGGAACUUUAUGACCUCAAUAGGGAUCUGAUUAAUGAGUAUAAAAUCCGGUGCAACAACCACAACGCCCUUAUCGCCUGCCUCAAGUCUGUUAACCAGGCCAUCCAGCGGGCAGGACAGCUGCGAGUGGGGAAGCCCAAAUCCCAGGUGAUCGCAGCAUGCCGGAAUGCCAUCAAGAACAACAACGUCAACGCCCUUUUCAAGAUCAUGAGAGCGGGAACGGCGUCUUCCUGAGGAAAGCCCACCGCCGGAGGCUCUGAAAUACACCCCUGGGCUAGAGAAUUGGCCCAGCCCUAAGGUGACCCCGUUGCUGGCGCUGGAGGAGAGACUGGACAGAACAUUUCAAUAAGAUCAUGGCCACUGUCCCCUUGGGACUCUUCUCUUCAUCAUAAGGGUGCCUCUGUGAGACACCGAGCCCCUGGGGGCUCCGGCGGCCAUCAAGGUAGCAGUUAGAGGAGCAGCUGAGUGAUCCUAACAGCCGGUGGUCGUAUGUGUGUGUCCUGGCAGAACAAUCGCCGUUUUGACCGUGUAUGUAUGUAUUUGUGUGUGUAUAAAUACAUACACACACACAGAGUGCUGGAAUAUUAUAACACAUUUCCUGUGGGUGUUUUUGGAAGUUGUAAAUAGGAUCUUUGUUCUUGUGUGUGCAUAUGAAACUAGUUGUAAUAAAAUGUUAUUCU